AUGAACGAACACCACGACAUUGGGUCUAUGAUGCAGGCGGGCUACUUCGUAUCGUCACGAUCCAAGAAUAACCAGUCUCCAUCUCUAUCGUUGACCCCUCCAUCAUCACCAAGGCCGUCACGAUCCCCCCAGCGCGACUACCGGCGUACAGAGCUACCAGCGUAUAGAGCGUCAAAGAUCCGACCGCCACCACCUUCCGUCGAGGAUGAGGUAGAUUCAUUAGCUCGCGAAUAUGGCUCUGUGAGUCUCUCCUCGAAUCCUGAGGAAGAACCAGCAUCUCGAGGCGAUGUGGAACAAUACCCCCUAAUACUCGAAGUCCACGAGCACAACCCGGAACGGCGUUUCGUCAUCGUUCCCAACUCUAGCUCCCUAUCUGAUUCUAAGAAGUCGGAGGGCGACGGUUCAGACCACGAGCGACAAGGAAAAGAUAGCUCGGGCGAAUGGUCUUGUGAUGAGGCAAGCUCCACACAUAAACAUGGCCCUGAACGCAGCGAAAGGCGUCGAGAGAAAAAUGAAAGUAUCGACACCGGAAGGCGACCUAGAUCGAGACCCCGCGUGCCAGAUUCAGAACCCCGGCAAAGACGGGAUCCCGAAGCCAUUCGAACAUCUCCUACCGCCAGGCAGGAGAGAUUUGAUCCCCGCGAUCGCCAAGAGAAUCCACCUCCAGUGGACAGCACCAGGAAUGGUCAAAGAGGACGAGACUUUGCCGAUUUUGGCCUUGGAAUCUCGACAUCCAGUCCCAACAAGCCAAGGCCUAGACGAAAUUCAAGUGUAAUAGAUGAUCGCCACCGUGAAAGACGAGGGCGAAGAGACAGCAUCAGCCCUUCAAGAGGCAGCCGUCCUAUCUUGCAUAUUGACCCAAGAAGCUCAGACAGCCGGCUGUCAAAUGAACCCGAUGGCCCUCGUUAUAGAGGCGAGCCUCAAUCAGCCCGGUUCCCGCCAUCUGCUUACAAACGAAGCGACAUGGAGUCGAGGUCUGCGGAUCCCCCCAGGCGGAGGGAUGACAGCAGCCGGGUCGAAGGAGAACCCAGACCUAAGGAAAGCACAGGGCGUGGAGACAACAAUCGCUCUUGCGACGAGCCUGGAGUUCCAACAUCGCGGCGCCAUCGAAGGGAUUCCUCCUUAGUACCACCUCAGGACAUAGAAUCGACGCUUGGUCCCGAACAGCCACUCAGGGACUGGGAUCGAUCUCGCUCUCGCGGACCUCCGGUACCUCCGCAUAUUGUUCCAAUCUCUCCAGAGAUCCUUACGAAUUUCGCCCCCAAGCCUUCAUCUACAUUCCCCAUCACAAAAGAGGAGCGGGCCCUUCCAUACCCAGAUGAUGACGAUAUGAUGAUGGCUCCCCAGAUCCCUCAAAGCGCUGUAGAGCCAAGAGCGCAUGCCAUUCCACCCAUUUCUAUGCCAGAUUUUCCACCUGUGGUGUCAAUGCCUGAAGAAGCAAGUUUCGAAAAGCCAAGUCUCGAUAAGCCAAAAGCAGUUUCACCAGCAAAUCCGUCUGCAUCGUGGCAGGUACCUUCGUUUGAUCCUGAACGAGACCGACAUCCAGCCGAAUCAGAUAUGGGAUCGUACAGGCGCUAUUCUGAAGGUCGGACGGGUGAUAAGGUUCCAUCGCUCCUCCCAGAAUGUCCCCGCAAGAAACCUAAAGCAGGGAAAACGGAUUGGCUUACUUUGCCUCGUUCCAACUUCAACUGCUGUCCGAGCUGUUACGAAGGUGUCUUUGCCAAUACUGAGUGUCGAACGCUUUUCCAGCCAAUGCUUCGCCCCACGGAUACAGCGAUUGCUUGUGACUUUGGCUCAAGCCCAUGGUAUAGGAUCGCCUGGCUUCUCACACUGAAAUAUGGCUGGCCAGACUUGCAACUUUUCCACGAGAUUGACGACGUGAUAGUCUCUCGCAGUCAAGCCUGCCCCGGAGAUCGAAAAGCUUUACGAAACUGGCUCACAAUCAGAGACCCAAAGAAGAGGCGACUACUGUCGAACUUCACAGUCUGCUACCAAUGUGCCAAGACUGUAGAAGUACUUCUUCCGAAUCUCAGUAAUGUCUUCGUACCGGUGGAUUCGCGGUCAGAGCCUUCCUAUGGAGUUUGUGCUCUCCGUUACACGCCUCGGCGGAAACGAUUCGCACAUUACUUCGAUACCUUCGAGACAACGUCGGAUAAGGCACUCAAAGCUAAAACAACUCCGGAUCUCUCAUCGCUUGCAUCAAAGAUUGAGCGACUAUCCAUGGUAGAAGAGUGUCGAGAGGACAGCCCAGUCCCCAAUUCGUAUUGGCAUUUUAUGCAAUUCUUACCACAGUUCACAGUCUGUUCGGAGUGUUUUGAUGAGGUAGUCCGACCACAACUCAGCGAUGACAAUAUAAUUGCCAGGAAUUUCUAUCGAGAGCCAGAAAAACUCGAGGUGGCUACAUGUCAACUAUACUCGGAAAGGAUGAGAGAGGUUUUCCGGAAAGCCUGUCGACGAAAUGAUCCCAAAUAUCUAGAGGCGAAAGUGCUUGAGAGACAGGAGGUGGAAGCGGAUAUUCACGGCCAGCUCAUGGAACUAGAUCGGUCAGGCCACUAUGAUGACUAUGUACAGGAAAAGGUAGACCGGUUGAUUCGGGAAUGGAGCAAGUGGGAAUAG